GCGGGGAAUCGGGAGGGGCCGGAGCGCGGCUGCUGGUGCCGUUGCGAGGGGAGAGACGAGGAGGAAGCGGCGCGUCCUCUGAGGCGUGUGCGGGGAGCCACGGGCGGACGGACGGGCGGGCGCGCGGAGGGAGCGGGCGGACUGCGAGGGAUCUGCUGGCACUGUGGGACUGCUUCAGAGAUGCCCAACGCCAACUUGCUUCAUGUGUCCUGGGCAGGUGUGGGGGAGCUGACGCCUCCAUGACCUACCACCAUGGAUGGAGACGGACUUUUUGAGGAAGAAACCAAAACAGUUGGUGCCAGCCAGGGCGGUUUGGCUGUCAGAGGGUUUGCCGAAACCUUGUCUGUUCCUUUUGGGGAAUCUGAAUGAGGGACAUCACAGACACCUUCACUGGGAAGCCAAGGACAUUUCUGUAUAAUCAGCGGAUGAAAGGAUUCUCUCAGGCUCUUUUUUCCUUUUUUCCUUGAGGAUUAACCCACCACAGUCUGCAAAUGCAGUGGGAGCUGAAAGGCACGCGAUGAGGCAGAAGCCUAGAGCGCCUUCAGAACGGCUCUGGACCUUUCUUGUGCUGUAGGGGAGUUUUAACACCAGCCACCACGCCUCCUCCCUCCUCAACUCUCUCCUUUAUCUCUUUUCUUUAAUUUGUUCCCAUUUUCUGAGUUAAGUACUAUUUCCAAAACUGUUCUCUGGAGCUAUAAGUGGUUUGCCAGAUAUAUGAGAUUAGGAGCUGGGAGAAGAGGAAGCCCCCGUGCUGUGUGUCCUGGAGGCUGCCGACAUGAAGUGCUUUUUCUCAGUGCUGAGCUGUCUGGCGGUGCUGGGUGUGGUGUCAGCACAGCGGCAAGUCACCGUUCAGGAAGGCCCCUUGUACCGCACAGAGGGCUCCCACAUCACCAUCUGGUGCAACGUGAGCGGCUACCAGGGCCCUUUAGAGCAGAACUUCCAGUGGUCCAUUUACCUGCCUUCGGCCCCAGAGCGAGAGGUGCAGAUUGUCAGCACUGUGGACUCCUCCUUCCCUUACGCCAUCUACACCCAGCGUGUCCGCGGCGGGAAGAUCUAUGUGGAAAGAGUCCAGGGGAACUCGGCCUUACUGCACAUCACGGAUCUCCAGGCGCGGGAUGCCGGGGAGUAUGAAUGCCACACGCCUAACACCGAUGACCGAUACUUUGGGAGUUACAGUGCAAAGAUGAACCUCGUGGUGAUCCCAGACUCCCUGCAGACCGCUGCCAUGCCCCAGACUCUGCACAAAGUAGAGCAGGACCCGCUGGAGCUCACUUGUGAGGUGGCCACGGAGACGUUCCAGCACAGCCACCUGUCUGUGGCCUGGCUGCGGCAGAAGGGUGGCGAGAAGCCUGUGGAGGUCAUCUCCCUGAGCCGAGAUUUCGUGCUUCACUCCAGCAGCGAGUAUGCCCAGAGGCAGAGCCUGGGGGAGGUGCGGCUGGACAAGCUGGGGAGGACCACCUUCCGCCUCACCAUCUUCCACCUGCAGCCUGCUGACCAGGGCGAGUUCUACUGUGAGGCUGCCGAGUGGAUCCAGGAUCCCGAUGGGUCGUGGUAUGCCAUGACCCGGAAGCGUUCCGAGGGUGCCGUGGUCAACGUUCAGCCCACUGACAAAGAUUUCACCGUACGACUGGAAACAGACAAGCGACUGCACACAGUGGGUGAGCCAGUGGAGUUCAGAUGCAUCCUGGAGGCCCAGAACAUUCCUGACCGUUACUUUGCCGUCUCCUGGGCUUUCAACAGCUCGCUCAUCGCCAGCAUGGGGCCUAAUGCUGUGCCCAUCCUCAACAGUGAAUUCGCCCACCGGGAAGCCAGAGGACAGCUUAAGGUAUCUAAAGAGAGUGACAGUGUCUUUGUGCUGAAGAUCUACCACCUCCGCCAGGAAGACAGUGGGAAGUACAACUGCCGGGUGACAGAGCGGGAGAAAACGGUGACGGGGGAAUUCAUCGACAAGGAGAGCAAGCGUCCCAAGAAUAUCCCCAUCAUCGUUCUCCCCCUCAAGAGCAGCAUCUCCGUGGAGGUGGCCAGCAACGCCAGCGUCAUUCUUGAGGGUGAGGAUUUGCACUUCUCCUGCAGCGUCCGCACAGCGGGCAGGCCACAAGGCCGCUUCUCUGUCAUCUGGCAGCUCGUGGACAGGCAGAACCGCCACAGCAACAUCAUGUGGCUAGACCGGAAUGGCACCGUGCAGCCAGGACUGUCCUACUGGGAGCGCAGCAGCUUUGGGGGCAUCCAGAUGGAGCAGGUGAAGCCCAACUCGUUCAGUCUGGGCAUCUUCAACAGCAGGAAGGAGGACGAGGGCCAGUACGAAUGCCACGUGACUGAGUGGGUACGGGCAGUGGACGGCGAGUGGCAGAUUGUGGGGGAACGCCGCGCCAGCACUUUCGUCUCCAUCACAGCUCUCGAGACCGGCUUCGCGGUCACAGCCAUCUCCAGGACGCCGGGGGUGACCUACAGCGACUCCUUUGACCUGCAGUGUAUCAUCAAACCCCACUACCCUGCCCGGGUCCCUGUGUCAGUGACGUGGAGGUUCCAGCCGGUGGGCACCCUUGAGUUCCACGACCUGGUGACCUUCACCCGGGAUGGAGGGGUCCAGUGGGGGGACAGGUCCUCCAGCUUCCGAACCCGCACUGCCAUCGAGAAGGCUGAGUCCAGCAACAACGUCCGCCUGAGCAUCAGCCGAGCCAGUGACACAGAGGCGGGCAAGUACCAGUGUGUGGCGGAGCUGUGGCGGAGGAACUACAACCACACCUGGACACGGCUGGCGGAAAGGACCUCCAACCUGCUGGAGAUCAGGGUGCUACAGCCAGUGACAAAGCUGCAGGUGAGCAAAUCAAAGAGGACCCUAACACUGGUGGAAAACAGACCUAUCCAGCUGAACUGCUCAGUCAAGUCUCAGACCAGCCAGAACUCUCACUUUGCGGUGCUCUGGUACGUUCACAAGCCUUCGGAUGCUGACGGCAAGCUCAUUCUCAAAACCACGCACAACUCCUCCUUUGAGUACGGCACCUAUGCUGAGGAGGAGGGCCUGAGAGCGAGGCUCCAGUUUGAGAGGCAUGCGUCCGGGGGCCUGUUCAGCCUCACUGUCCAGAGAGCCGAGGUCAGUGACAGUGGCAGCUACUACUGCCACGUGGAGGAGUGGCUGCUGAGCCCCAACUAUGCCUGGUACAAGCUGGCAGAGGAGGUCUCGGGGCGCACAGAAGUAACCGUGAAACAGCCAGACAGCCGCCUGAAGCUCAGCCAAGCCCAGGGGAACCUGUCAGUUCUGGAGACUCAGCAGGUGCAGCUGGAAUGUGUGGUCCUGAACCGCACCAGCAUGGCCUCCCAGCUCGUGGUGGAGUGGUUUGUAUGGAAGCCCAACCACCCUGAGCGGGAGACUGUGGCCCGCCUGAGUCGAGAGGCCACCUUCCAGUAUGGAGAGCAGGCGGCCAAGAACAAGCUGCAGGGGCGGCUGCACCUGGAGAGCCCCUCCCCUGGCACGUACCGGCUCUUCAUCCAGAACGCGGCUGUGCAGGACAGUGGGACCUAUAGCUGCCGCGUGGAGGAGUGGCUGCCCAGCCCCAGCGGUGUGUGGUAUAAACGGGCAGAGGACACUGCUGGGCAGACAGCUGUGACCGUCAUGCGGCCAGAUGCUGCCCUGCAGGUGGACACAUUGGUCCCCAAUGCCACGGUGUCUGAGAAGGCAGCUUUUCAACUGGACUGUAACAUCGUGUCCCGCUCCAGCCAGGACUCUCGCUUUGCUGUGGCCUGGUAUUCCCUGAGGACUAAAGCUGGAGGGAAAAGGGGCAGUUCUGGCCUGGAAGAGCAGGAGGAGGAGAGAGAGGAGGAGGAGGAGGAGGAAGAAGAGGAGGAAGAUGAGGAGGAUGACCCCACAGAACGCACGGCCCUGUUGAGCGUGGGCCCCGAUGCUGUGUUUGGCCCCGAGGGCAGUCCCUGGGAGGGCAGGCUGCGCUUCCAGAGGUUGUCCCCAGUGCUCUACCGGCUCACGGUGCUGCGGGCAAGCCCCCGAGACACAGGCAACUACUCCUGCCGUGUGGAGGAGUGGCUGCCCAGCCCUCAGAGGGAGUGGUACCGGCUGACAGAGGAGGAGUCGGCCCCCAUCAGCAUCCAUGUUCUGGAUACAAGUCCCACCCUCCAGUCUGUCAUCUGCUCCAACGAUGCCCUCUUCUACUUCGUGUUCUUCUACCCUUUCCCCAUCUUCGGCAUCCUUAUCAUCACCAUCCUGCUGGUGCGCUUCAAGAGCCGCAACUCUAGCAAGAACUCUGAGGGGAAGAACGGGGUGCCCCUGCUGUGGAUCAAAGAGCCGCACCUCAACUACUCCCCCACCUGCCUGGAGCCCCCGGUGCUCAGCAUCCACCCAGGGGCCAUAGACUAGGGGGAACGCCCAACUGACGUCGGCCACAAGGAGCCGAGGCUCUCCCUUGCCGCCUCCGCUCUGUGACUGGACAGUUGACAGCACCCGCCCUCUGGAGUGCCCGUGCAGAACAUCGUCAGACUUGAAAAAGCGUUCAGAAUUCUCAAUCAGUCACAGAGACAGACCACCAUUAGAUGGCGGUCUCAGUCGGUUAGCGAUUUGUGCGCAAAAGUGAUCUGCCAUUAUAGGGUUCUUGUUUUUGUUUUUAGUAAUGUAGUGAGUAGCUUCAGGUGCCACACCUGCUCACUGAUUCCUCUCGUAUUCUCAGAUAGAUGUGAAAGGGCGUUCAUUCUUUGUAAGGUAUUCUUGUUUGAAUCCCUUUGGUUUCCCCAUUUGGGAUUCCGUAAUGGUGUGGACGAAUUUCUCUUACACAAAACUGAUGGCAAAAGGAAGGAUGAACUUUCUAGUGACAAGGAAUCUCUUCCAAGACUUUUUGUUUUUACAUUUUUAAAAAUGCCACCCAUGGAUCCAAAUAUACCCAAACAUUUUGUUCUUUUUUUUUAAAAUUACUUAACAAGACUUGAAAAUUGUGUAUAAUGUGGGCAAUAUUUGUAUCUUCUCUUUUCCCUCAGCUAGAGUUGUUGGAACCACUUUGUAGUCAAGGUGAAAGCAUUGGAUUUUGCUUCAAAGAACUGUGUGUGUAUGAGCAAAAUUCCAUAUAACCUCAUUAGGAGUAGAAGGUGCUUGGCCUGUCUGUCAGGAAGAAAAAAAAAAAAGCUUCAUUCUAUCCUUGCCAAAAAAUAAGAAAACUGUCUUGGUGAACAGGUCAAAAACUCGUGACAGCUCACACUUUCUGACUUAAAAUGGGCAGAGGGCGGCUUUUAGCCGCUGCUCACUUUCAGUUUGAUCAAAGUCAGUGAUUAGAGAAGGAAGGGAUGAAAGGCUGAGUACUGGCUUGAUCGUGCGCAAGGGCAGUCUCCACCGGACACUGUGGCAGGAGGGCUGCUGUCUGCAGGCAUGUUGCCAAAGCUCUUAAAGGACAGUACACACUAAGCCUGGAAGGAGGACAGCCCUCAGCUGAGCACAGGGGCCAAAGCAGCCACUGUAUAUACCCGGUGGAGGGCAUGGAGCUGUCCAACACUGAGUUUGGUGACAAAUGGGAUACUAAGUUUGGGGAGGGGUGGGAAGGGUAGGGCCUGAUGUUGGAGAGUUCAGAGGAGUAAUCUACCUCCCUGGAGGUGUGCAGACCAGGCUUUUCUUUCUCCUUCCAAGUAGAUUCCUCCAUGAUAUCAAUGUCUUCCUUCCCUUUUCCCUUUCCCUCUCUCUCAUGCUGUGAGAACACUGGCCAGGGCGAGGUCCAGUUGCAGCCUUUUGCCACCCUUUCCCUAGUCUCAGCAGACAAUGGUCGCAUACAUUGUCUUUGGGGUUUUAUUUCCCUUUUUUGGAUUAUUUUCUACAGUUUUAGGUUGAGUGUUCAUUUUAUGGUGGCUUUUGUUUUAAUGCCCCUUGAGCCCAACCCUGUUACUUGAUACUGCAGGCCGGAUGCUUGGUGCCCUGGAGCAUCAUCGGCUGGAAAAGAAUUCCUCCAUGAAGAUGUUUAUUAUGCUGUUCCUUAACCAUAUUUUGUUGGCCAAGUGUACCAUCUCCCUUCGUCAAGGAAUUUGCACCUUGAAUCCCAAGAAGAGUCCCAAUUUGAAAAAAGCCACCAGGGAUUCUGGGAUGAAGUCUGACGAGAGAGGUUCCUGCAGAGUCUUGUUCUGAGGGUGAACAGCCUCCAGGGGAGGCUGUGUGAAUGCCAAUCCUCAUCUGAGGCAUGCAGGUGCGCAGCCAUGCAGGUGGACAGAGCUGGUCAGCAGGUGUGUUGCUGAGCCAAGCUGAGGGGAAGCAAGGCAGUUGCUCAGCCAUUUUCUGACAGACUUACAUGGCUCUGUCUUUUCCCUCCCGUGUACAUCAGUGCCGUCCUACGAGACAGUGCAGUCACCGCCACCUUAAUCCUGCUGUUGCCUGGCAUGCUGAUUCUCAUUUAUUAUGCUGCAUCAACAUGUUAGAGGUACAGAAUCGGCUCAGUCAUGAAGAAGGAAGGUCUUUUGCCCCGUUUCUUCAUUUCAGGGAUGUGGGCUUUCAGUGGGAAUUUUCUGACUCAAAUUUAUAGGCUGAGUCAGUGAGGGAGGAGGACUGACUUUUCAUCUGCCUGAAUGGAAGGAUGCCAGAGGGCUGGCUGGGACUGGGAUGUGUAACUAAGAUUUUAGUUUGAAUUGGUUCACAGCAGUAGAAAACUCAGUGCUGCAUGUAAUUAAAUAUGUAAAGCAAUCACAGGAAAUUUGAAAGGAAAAAAGAAACCGAAGCCAGUAUUUUAAUAAUUGCUCUUUCUGUGUAUUUUCUAUUGGGCUGGGGGAUACCAUCAAAGGUUGUGCUUUUCUAGCUUUUUAUGACAAACCCCAGGACCUUUGGCCAUUUCUAUGGAAAUGUGGUGUCAGAUGAAUGGUAAUGGUGCCCUCCAGUGGCUGCAAGACCUUAUUGCACAUUGUCUACUGGAGCUUUAGUCUUCUGAGGCCAAGAGGUGAACUGCUGAACACUCUCUGGACUCAAAUACGUCUACAAUGUUGCAUUAAUGAAAAACUACACUGUGCUAGGCGCAUUCCAGGACAUGAAUAUGACCACACCCUCUUUCACCAGGGUGUUUUCUGUAGCAAGUUUUCAUAUUUGUUUCAAACAAUGGUUUCUCUGCGUUAAUUUUUGAAGAAAAAAGAGGUGGGGUAAGAAAAGUACCCAUGCAUGAUGUAGAGAACUGUUGAUUUGUUUUGUUUUUUUAAAGGAAAACUAUUUGUAAGAUGUUGCACUAAAACAUUUUAUAUACACUUCAGAGACCUGUAGUAAAUUAUGUUGAAAAUAUGGCUGUU